CCCGUGAAAUGGUCAUUUGACCCCAAAUGGGGUCCCGACCCACAGGUUGAGAACCACUGACUUAGAGAAUGAGCUGUUAUAUCCAUGGCACGCACGUUGCCGCAUGCAUAAAUGGGCCACUGGUGUCCACGUGGCACUGGAGAUGGUGCUAGCGUCCCCAUGCAUGUGGAAAUAGGGCCGCUAGUGCUUGCGAGUGGGGAAGGGCUCGUCAGCUAUUCGUGGGGCCUGGUGGCCAACAGGCCGGGUUGUGGACCAUAGGUUGGGGAUCCUUGGCCUAGUGGACUAGACUUGCCUUUGCUUUGAGGACUAGUAUUGGCUUCAUUUGAGUAGCCUGUAGAACUAAUUGGGAUUGAGCUGAUGCCGGCCCGGUAAUUGCUGGGGAAUUCAGGUUUGGAAUUAAGACUCUUUACAUCUGUGGUGUGUGCUCGUGCAUGCGUGGGAUAGUACACUAUCCUUUGUUGAUGCAACCUAGGAUUGCAUUAGCUAUUUUUUGAGGCUGCAGCACAAUUGGCUUAUAUUUAAGCGAUUGUUCACUAGGAUUCCUACAUCUCUCUCUGCUACUGCUAUUGAGCCAAGUGCCACCUAUCCUGUACCUGUGCUUUUGGUUAUUUUCACAUGUGGGUGGGCGGCAAUGCGCACAUCAUGGGUGCACAGUCCACUUGCGCAUACAUAUGCAUGCUAGCACCGCCUCCAUGUGCAUACCGGUUUGUGCGUGUGUGCCUGGGCUAUGUGUGUGCACACUUCUCUGAUGCUUCCUUUCCUUCUGGGCCGCCAAGCCGGAAAGUUUGGGGAACUCUGCACUAGACAAAAGCAAGUUUGCAAGACAAAGGCAAGUCCACCGGCAAGGCAAAGGCAACAGAUGAAGAGACAUGAUCCGAAGUUCAAGUCCGGGCAGCCUUUUAAGUUCUCAGUAUUGGAGAUUUGUGACCGAAUUAAGGAAGAAUUCCAGUUCCUCCAAGCUCAGUAUCACAGCCUGAAGCUGGACUGUGAGAAGUUAGCAAGCGAAAAAACAGAGAUGCAGAGGCAUUACGUUAUGUAUUACGAGAUGUCCUAUGGUUUGAAUAUUGAAAUGCAUAAACAGGCUGAGAUCGUCAAGCGGCUGACGGCUAUCUGUGCCCAGAUUGUCCCCUUUCUCACACAAGAGCACCAACAGCAGGUCGUGCAAGCCAUGGACCGGGCCAAGCUGGUGACGAUGGGGGAGCUGAACAGCAUCAUUGGGCAGCAGCAGUUACAACAUCUCUCCCAUCAGGCCCCUGCGGUUCCCUUGACCCCACACCUUUUGGGGUCUCAGGCUUCUAGCUUGGCUGCGGUCAGCACGGCCUCUGGGCUGCUGGCCCUCUCGGGGACCUUGGGGGCUCAGGCCAUCCUUGGGGCAAAACAAGAAAAUGCCGGGCAGGACUCCGAAAACAAUCCAGGGAACUCACAAAGCCAGAGCGAUUCUGCGUCUCCUCCGGAGAGCCUGCAAGAUGAAGAACGAGAGGAAGAAAGCAGGGGGAAGGCCAAGCUGUCGGACAAGGAAGAGGUGGGGCGUUAUGAAAGCGAUGGGGAGAAGAGCGACUGCAACCUGAUUGUGGACGAGGACCCUCUUUCUGAGCACGGGAGCCCGCUAUGCAGCUCAGCUGCCCAACUCCUGCCAAGCCAAAGGGGCUUUACGAACAGUCCAGCCUCGCUGGCAUCCAGUCGCAGCACCACACCUGUCAAAGGCAAGGACCCAAAUUUGAACGAAACCAAUCCAGCUUCUUCCAAAUCAGCCAGUUUGUCUCCAGUCUCUGAAAUACUCACUCCCCGAGCUGGCCCGAGUUACGUGCCUCAGAUUGCAAAGCCGUCCACCAGCGAUGUUAUCACCUUGCGGAGUCCGCUAAAUUCUUUCACCAGCAGUUUUGCUUCGCCCUUCGGGAUGAUGCCUCACGCCGGCCUCAAUGGCGAAUUAGCUGCACCGAGUUCCUAUGUCGGCAUCCAUCUUUCUGCAGGCCCCGGAGGAUACAGACAGUCUCCGCUGGUGGCUUUUGAAUCUCACCCACACUUGCGGGGAUCCCCUCUCUCGGCCUCCCUCCCUGCAGUCUCUGGCAGCAAACGGGCCUACUCCUUCCACGUAAGCGCGGACGGGCAGAUGCAGCCGGUGCCCUUCCCGCCCGACGCCCUGAUCGGCUCCGGGAUCCCGCGCCACGCCCGCCAGCUGCACACGCUCUCCCACGGCGAGGUGGUCUGCGCCGUCACCAUCAGCCACUCCACCCAGCACGUCUACACGGGGGGCAAAGGCUGCGUCAAGGUCUGGGACGUGGGGCAGCUGGGCACCAAGACCCCCGUGGCGCAGCUGGACUGCCUGAACCGAGAUAAUUACAUCCGUUCGUGCAAACUUCUUCCCGACAGCCGCAGCCUCAUCGUUGGGGGUGAGGCCAGCACUUUGUCCAUCUGGGACCUGGCAGCCCCCACGCCCCGUAUCAAGGCCGAGCUGACCUCCUCUGCCCCAGCCUGCUACGCCCUGGCCAUCAGCCCCGACGCCAAAGUCUGCUUCUCCUGCUGCAGCGACGGCAACAUCGUGGUCUGGGAUCUGCAGAACCAAACCAUGGUUAGGCAGUUUCAGGGUCACACGGACGGGGCGAGCUGCAUCGAUAUCUCCAAUUAUGGCACCAAACUCUGGACCGGCGGUUUGGACAACACUGUCCGAUGUUGGGACCUCCGCGAAGGCCGGCAGCUGCAGCAACACAACUUCAGCUCCCAGAUCUUCUCCUUGGGCUACUGCCCCACGGGAGAGUGGCUGGCGGUCGGGAUGGAGAGCAGCAACGUGGAAAUCCUCCACGUGACGAAAUCGGAGAAGUACCAGCUGCAUCUUCACGAGAGCUGCGUCCUCUCCCUGAAGUUCGCUUCCUGUGGCAAAUGGUUUAUCAGCACGGGCAAAGAUAAUCUGCUUAACGCGUGGCGGGCUCCCUAUGGUGCCAGCAUCUUUCAGUCCAAAGAAACUUCCUCCGUUCUAAGCUGUGACAUCUCGGCUAAUGACAAGUUUAUCGUGACUGGAUCAGGAGACAAGAAAGCCACAGUUUACGAACUGGUCUACUGAGGCACCACGUUCCUCACCUUGGAUGGCUAAGGAGGCCCAAACGCUUUCCGUUCUCCGGAAAAAUGUAUUUUCCCCACUGGCUUCGGAGACUGUGGUGCUGAAACGACCUUGGCGCUUCCAUCCCUUUGCAGACGCAGGAGGACUAGAAACUUGAGAGCUGAGAGUGUCAGGAAGAUAUUUUUCUCCUCUCAAGAAGCAAGGGGUGCUUGUUUGGGUGUCUUUCAGGUCCCCAAUGGACCAAAAUCUUUUCAUUAUCUCCCUGAAGGGUCCAGAAAAAUCACCUCAGAAUGGUGUGUUUGACAAGCUGAGCAGCCAAUCCGCAUCUGGCUAAUCAGAGCCCCACCCACGUUCUGGCCACCUGAAUGCUGCAGUUCGUAUUUUCAUUUUUUGGGGUCCAAGCAAAAAAGUGGCUGCAUUUACACCUUGCAGGUAGAUCCACAGGUCAUCCCUGACUUAUGAUCAGUUGCUUAGUGACUGUUCGAAGUUACGACGGUCCCCCCAAAAUGGGACUUAUUUAAAGUUGCAACUUCUUGUUCACCUCUGUGGUCAUGUGACCAACAGCUUCUUACGACCUGGCCCUCAUUUACAGAUGUUUACUUCAGCUUAUGACGUUUUUGCUGGAAAAAUAUUUGUUUCUGGGGCGGGGGAAUUACCCCUUAGGAUGCAUUAUGGUUGUAAAUUGAGGAUUAUCUGUAGUUAGCCCACUUUUUUGCACACAUGGGCUGGAUCCGUCACUGUCCUGUUUCAGCUGUUCUGCAGCUCCCUCUUUUUCCUGGAGGACUGAGUGGACCACUCUAGGCUAUUACUCUAUGAUUGCCUACUUUGGCUGACCCAGAUUUGAUUCAUAAAUACUUUGAUACAUUUUAGGGUUAAACCGGUCUGCUUUUUUUUCCCCAAACACCCAACCAGAUUAGAAGGACCACACAAGAAUUUCCACCAUUGACCUGGUUAAGCACAUCAUGAGAAUCUAGCCAACAUUAUUAUUGGCCACUGAUUCUCACAGCGAGACUAGUAGCUCACAUGAUGAUGAUUGCUGCUUUUCGGAAAACCACAGAUGCAUGCCUCUUAAUGUUCUUUUUGCACUUUUGAACAUAAUGUACAAAAAUUUGUUAGCUCAAUCUGUUUAGGGAAAGAACUUUCCAAAUGUUAAGUGCAUAGAUGGAAAAAUAAAACAUAAAAAUAUGUAAAACCUGUAAAGCUUAUUUUUUAAAACAAACAAACAAACAAACAAACUUUUAUGAUGUUAUUAGAAUAGUAUCCAGCCAUGGCAAUUUGAAGAUGAGUGGAGUUCAAUUCUCAGAAUUCCCUGGCCAGAAUGCUA